GUUUAUAGCUGUCAGUGGUUGAGAUUUCACUGAAAGGUGUCUACAACACGGCAAUCGCGCAUAUCGGAUAAACAUUAAGGCGGCUUAUUCUUUCAAAUAUGUUGUAAUAUAUAAGUUGAUAAAAGUAUCAUUGUAGCAAAUAUAAAUGUACUGCGGUGUGAGUUAUGGUUGCUCUGAAUUAACUUUAUAUUUAUCCUUUUAAGUGUUUCGGGAAACUUCGAAAAGAAUAACGGGAGUGUUUCUCUGUCAGAAUUUACGACUUAAGAAUAAAUAACGAUAAUGAACCACUGAUUUAAUGAAAUUCAUAGUGAAGUUGCUACGGUUUAGUAUGAUGGCGAUGGUCGCCAGCACUACAUCGUGUCAAGUGUGAUUGUUGACGGCAACGGCAUCCCUCCGACGAGCUCUCUGGAAUAACAACGCUUCUAGAGAUGAACCCGCUCGACCAGUUGGCCAGCGGCGAUCCCCUUCUUGCUCGUUUUAUCGAAGGAGAAACGCAGAAACAACGAUUUCAGUUUGAGUAAAUGAAUCCAAGUUGGCUGGCGCCUAAUUAACAAGAAUUAGAAAUGGAGGAACCACAAAGCAGAAUUGAUGACAAGAAACAAUCAGACUUUGAAAUGGAGGAUACAGAGGAGGAUACCAAGAAAGGAGCAAGACAUCGCAAAAAGCAUAUCAUCAAUAAGCUGAGGGUCCAGAUGGAAUUUUAUUUUAGUGCAGCAAACCUUAGCAAGGAUAAGUUUAUGAAUGAACUGUUAGAGAAGAGUCCGUACAUUGACCUUGACAUUUUUUUCCGAUUCAACAGAAUCCGUUCAUUUACAGAUGAUAUCAAUCUUUUAAAAAAAGCUGUUGAGAAGUCUCCAAUUUUGGAAUUGUCUGGUGAUGGGAGCAAGGUGAAAAGAAGUAUACCAGUCAAUAAUAAAGAAAAUGAGACAUUAUGUACUAUUUAUGUAGAAAAUAUUCCAUCGCAUGUAGAUCAUGAAUGGGUUCAUGAAGUUUUUGCGAAAUAUGGAACGAUUGAUUACAUAUCAUUCCCUAGGUUUAGGAGCACAGGGAGGCCAAAGGGUUUUGCAUUUGUUGAAUUUGAGACUCCUGAAAUGGCAAACAUUGCAUUAAAGUGUUUUGGUGCUGUUGGUUGCAAGAUUCCUGUUAAUACGGAGCCAUCCAAACUGCAAAGUAUUUUUACUCAUGAGAAAGCUGGAGCUGAUGAUAUUGACCAAGUGGAAUCUGGUGUCCAGCCUGGUUUUGGAGGAGUUAAGGAAUCCGAGAAUGGAACUGAAUCUGGUAUUGCUGUGAUGAUGGAAGGGACUGAUGAUAGUAGUAGUAAAGAAGUUGAGUAUAAGAAGACUAUUGAGGAAAAUAUUAGUGGUAAACGAAAGAGAGAGGAAACUGAAGGAAAUGAAGGAGAAAAGGAUGAUAGUGACAUCAUAGCUGUCUCAAAGAAGACAAAGACAGAAUCUUCAGAGUCAAGUGACAUGGCAAGUAGUUUUAUAGGUAAUAAUAUGACAGAGGAUAAAAAUGUACCUAUUAGCUGUGAGACAAAAGUUGAAGAGAAAGUUCUGGAAGUUGGGGAAAAGACUGAAGAUUGUGGGAAAAAAGUGGAAAUUUCUGAUAUAGAAAAUGUUAUACAUGAAGUAAGGAGAAGUACAGAAGCAGUAAAAGAACUUGGGGAAGAGGGGACUGAAGAGAAAAGUGCUUGUUUCCCACAGGUAAAAAGACCACUUGCUGAUGAAGGAAACUGUGAGAAGUCAAAAAAACAGAAAGCAAUUGCUGAAGGCAACAUUCCUCCAUCCCAUGAUUCAGGAAAAAAACAAAAUAUGUCUGUUGAGGAGUCUGUCCCUUCAAAGACCAAGCCAAAGAAAAAGAAGCGAAAACGAAAUAGAAAGGAAAAGGGAGAAUGUUUGGGAGGCAUUUCUCUGAAAGUGAUGUCUAAGCAAGAAUGGACACGAUUAAGGAAUGAGUACCUAAAUAUGCAAAAGAGGUAUAUGGAAACCUUAAAGUGGGAUUUACAGAAACGAAAAUAUGUUCCAGCUAUUGAGGAUAGACCUACAAGGGUACAGAGCAAAGGAAUGCCAAAGUUUAUACCAAAUGUUGUCAUAAAAAUUAGCUUUGAAGAGCCCCCCCAGGAUCCAAAAAAACUACAUGAUGCAAUACGAGAAGGGGGCGGAGGGGGAGUGGCUUAUGUAGAAACAAGUGCAGUUGAAAAAGAUGUCUACGUCCGUUUUACAUCUAGUGAAGCUGCAUCGGCUUAUCUGAAAGCAGGAUUGUGGAGUCGGAUGAUACUACUCUCCGGAGAAGAGGAAAAAAUGUACUGGGAUCACUGUAUUGAUUCUUGGACGAUGAGGAGGGGUAAAAAUAAGCGUAUGAAAGGAACAAAUAAUGAUAUUCCUAGUGAAUUGAGGGGCAGGGAAAAACUUCUUCAAAAAGCAUUAAGAGAGGCACGAAGUGAUAAGCCCAUAUGUCAUAAGGUCUUUGAGACUUGAGAUAUAUAGAAUCUUGCUACAGUAAAUGUUCAGGUGUAGUAUAUUGCUUAAUGACUAAAAUGUUGAGCUUCAGGGCAUGGAGCUUUUCAUGAGUUAUUUAGAUAACAAGGGUUAUCCAACACCAUAUAUAUAUUUGGUUGGUGUGAACCUGAAGAAUAUUAAAUUUCCAGUUUCAUGUGUUUCUUUCAUUUUAUUCCAUGAUUUUAUUGCCAAUCAACUUCAUUUGAAAUGUAGGAAUUCAUUCAUGUGUCCUGCUUUAUUAAAUGUUUAUGUACACUAA